AUGCGUACCUUUCUAACGGUUGUUAUCCCCUCACUUCUUCUCUUCGAUGGGGUCACCGCCCAAUGCGCAGCUGGUACGGCCCAGGAGAUCAACGGCAAUUGGUAUUGCUCCGAGGUGACCGCCGUCACAUAUGCGAGUUUCCCGGGCUUCGGUUCUUAUGAAAAGAUCACAGACAUGAACGCGAAUACUGGCGACUGCAGUAGCCUCUCUUUACAUAUUCGCGGUCCCACUUGGCUGAAACAAAUCGCCGUCUAUAUGCCCACGACUAUCGCCAACGAGAAGCGAAGCACUGAACCGAAUGGCCACCAUCGACGGCAUGCAGCCGCAGCCGCAGCAGUGCGCCAUCAUGGUGGGCAUCAGCACCUUCACGAUCGCCACGGCAAGGUCAAAGGAGUCGAAGAGUCUCGGCUUUCGAAGCGUGCUGUCGGUGAUCUGGUAUCCGCUACUAUCGAUGGUCAGCUUGUUUCAUGGACGAACGUCUAUGCUGGGCCUGGUGUCGCUACCGAUGCGCCUGUACUGGGAGCUAUCGAUGACACGAGUGCUUCGACUUCUGAUGCUGACACGACCGAAGACACGAAUAUGACUUAUCAGAGCUCUACCUUGUCUUCUUCCACGACUACAAGCACGUCGAGCUCGAGUACAUCGAGUGCACCAGCAACGGGCGAAGGUUGGACUCGUCAGGCUUAUCUCAACGCAGCAAGCGGUGCGGUCGAGGGUCUGACGUUUCUCAAUCACUUCGGCGGGACGGAUGGGGUUUCUGGGACCAGCGCUGGUGGACCAGCCUUUGGUGCCUCUCUUUCCUACGCUUCCUCUGACGGCCAAUCUGGCGCCGCCUCACCCCAAGUACUCUCGAAUGCGAUGAUUGAAGACGACACCGAAGUAAUCAUCAUGACCGACCAAAGUUGCGACGACGGAGGCUGUGGAUUCACGCGUCCUGGAGGGGUUGCAUACCAUGGCUUCUCGGGCGCCCAGAAGGUCUUUCUCCUCGAAUUCUCUAUGCCUCUCACGAAUUCCACUACCUUCAAUGGCGACAUGCCCGCCAUUUGGCUUCUCAACGCGCACAUACCUCUGACAUCUCAGUACGGCACCAACGCCGAGUGCUCAUGCUGGACGUCUGGAUGUGGCGAAUUCGAUCUCUUCGAGGUUCUCGACUCUGGGAACUUUCGCUGCAAAUCGACAUUGCACAUGGCACCAGCCGGAGGAAGCAGUGAUUGGUUUCGACGCCCUACUGGCGGAAGCAUUACGGCUGCAGUGGUGAUCGCAGGGGAGCAUGAGGUCGCUGCCAUCAGGGUUCUGGGCGAUGGCCAGUCGUUUGAUACGACUCUGAAUGAGGACGUGGUGAAUGGGUGGGUCAACGAGGAGGGAAGCGUGUUCAAGAUGGAGGGUUAA